AAAGGGUCAAGAAUUUUCUUGAGGUUUUCGUUUUGCCACCACGUCAGUUGCAAUUUAGUACUCCGUAAACGUUACUCCGUUUGCCACUUGCCGCCAUAACAGAGAGAGAAAAGAAGAGAGAGAGAGAGAGAGAAGAGACUCAUCAAACAACAAGAGGAGCAACAUGGGUGUAUACGCAGCACCCAUUUGCCAUCUUCUUUCCCCAUCACGACCGAACCCUAAUCCGGAAGGCCAAAAUCCCAACCCCUCCAGAAAAAACCCAAUAAAAUUACACCCCGUUGUUGUCUCCAGAGCUUCACUAUCGAUACAAAGACGGCACUUGUUGCUUUUCUCUGUCCCCAUUUCCUUAUCAUCGUCGAUUCCGUUGAAUUCCUCUGCUUUAGCAAGCUUCGACUUUCUCAGCCCGGCUGAGAGGGACGCGAGCGAGGUGGUGUCCCGGAGAGUGGCGGAGGCGGUGGAGUUGCUGGAGAGAGGGCGGGAUUUGCAGGCUCAGGGUGACUUCAAUCAAGCUCUUGAUUACUUCACCCAGGUUAUUGAAAACUACAAAGAUUUUGCUCUCUCAGAUUAUGCCCGAGUAGGUAGAGCAUUAGCCUUGUAUGAGGUUGGUGACAGAGAGGAAUCAAUUGCAGAAAUGGAAGACGUUUCAAUAUCGUUGAAGGGAUAUCCAGAAGUGCAUGCAGCCCUAGCUGCAGCCUUAUAUGUGGAUAAGCAUGCUCCUCUCCUUGCAGAAAACCAGUUCACAAUCGCGACUCUUCUUGAUCCUCACUAUACAGACAUAGCAUAUGUGAGAGAAACAAAGCAUUGGCCUCCAAGUUUGAUUAGUUCUUUGCAACAUUUCAUCACAUUUUCCUAGGGCUUUUGUAAAUUAAGUUAUAACUUGUUUACACUAUCAACUUUUUUGGGCUAUGCAUGGAAAUUGGGUGCACUUGUUCUGGAAAAGCAAGUACAUUUACACAUUGAUACAUUACAAUUCAAUGGUAUAUAACAAGACAGAGUUUGCGGAUA